AUGAACACAGACAAUACUGAAUUUCUUCCCACAAUAGGAAAUGGAAUUGACAAUUCCACUGCUGAUGCAAAUGUGAAGCCUUUGGAGAAAGAACAGAGGGAUAUCUCAUUCCCUGAGAAUGGAAUUCAGUAUAUUAAAGGAAUGAUAAAGGUCGAGGACGAAGACACAGGAAACAAUGAGAAGUACCCUGAGGCUGAGUCAGAAUGCGCAAUUUUGCCAAAGGAGGAAAGAAAUGUCUCUGAGGAACAAAUGGAGGAAGGAUAUGAUGGCAACAGAACAGAAGAUGACGAUUACAAUGAUGAAGAGAGAGAUUGCGGGGCUGAACCAGAGGACUUGUCGUUGGUAGACUACUCACUGUACAACAGUGCAGCUCUGCAGGAUGGCUCAGCAGAGGCCACAUCCGAGAGGACCUACAUGACUGGAGCCAUGAGUCCCCACACGCAGUCAAUGGGGAAGCUUAACUGUGACAUCUGCGGCUUGUCCUGCGUCAGCAUCAACGUACUGCUGGUGCACAAACGCAGCCACACGGGUGAAAGACCAUUCCACUGCAGUCAGUGUGGCGCUUCCUUUACCCAGAAGGGAAACCUGCUUCGCCACAUCAAACUACACUCCGGGGAAAAGCCUUUCAAAUGUCCCAUGUGCAGCUACGCUUGCCGCCGACGUGACGCCUUAAGCGGACACCUGCGCACCCAUUCUGUAGAGAAGCCCUUCAAGUGCAACCUCUGCAGUCGUAGUUACAAGCAGCGCAGCUCCCUCGAGGAGCACAGAGAGAGGUGCCAUGUGUACAUUCACAGUAAUGCACCUGCUGAGAAAGACGACAGUCCCAUUUCGAGGACUCAGAUGGGCACUGAGCGUGCGCUGCUUCUUGACAGGCUCGCCACAAAUGUAGCCAAACGCAAGAGUUCCAUGCCGCAGAAGUUUACAGGUGAUAAUGGUGUCUGUCUGGACCUGAGCUUGAACAGGAAUCCAGUUCACCAACAGGACCCUCCAUUAGGCUCCCCUGGGCCUGACGUCCACUGCCAACAGCCGUUAAUGCGUUCAGGCCCAGAAAAUGAUCUAGCUCACUCGCAAAGGCCAUACCCAGUUCUGCUAAACCGCAAUGAAAUCAGUCCUAUUGGCCUUACCAAUGGCCACAAGAUGAUCAUGCCGAUGCCAGGUGUCCUUCAUUCCCACCAACAACAACCUGGCAUGGAAACCUUCCACAAUGAUGGCUCUCAGGGAUCUCAUAUCAUGUAUAGCCUAGGCCAGUUGCUAGGAGGACUGAACCAUCAGAACGGGAUGCCACACCCUCAGUCCAUUCCCUUGUCACCCCUGGAAGCUUUGCAGGUAGCGCGGGCUGAAGGAGAGGCUGGUGGGAUUCCUGGGGCAUUGUACUCCUGCAGCCACUGCAAGGUGAUCUUUCUUGACUAUGUCAUGUUCACGAUCCACAUGGGAUGUCACGGAUUCCGCGACCCACUUGAGUGCAAUGUGUGUGGUCAUCGCAGUCGGGACCGAUAUGAGUUCUCAUCACACAUAGUUCGUGGAGAACACCGGCUGGAAACGAAGUAG